GACUUCUUGUUGAUAUCGUGUAUUAUUUGGUGCAUUUUCCCCUUUUUAUCAAAUAAAGUAAAAUUAAAAAAAUAAUUAAAUAUGCCUAAUCAAGUAAGUGAUGUCAAUAAUUUAUUGGAUUCUUUAUAUUUGGAGCUGCUAGACUUAAUUGAACAACAUACCGAAUGUCGCAUUAACAUUGAACGGAUAAAUAAUGCCGGACAAUUGUUGCUAGCAAAGACACGAUACAAUCAAGGCUCUAAUUCAAUAAGUACGGCACAAAUACCAACCGAAAACAGUGAGGAUUUCAAAGCUCUCUGCAAUGUGGAAAAGGAGCUGGACAUUGAGAAUACAAUUGCCGGUGAGAAGAAACAUUUGAUAAGACACAAAGUGGAAAAGAGCCAAGGAUAUGUGGAACCACUGCACUGGUUUGCAGCACUGCCACCGACAACUCUACGCAAUGCUACUGAAUAUUUUAAGAAAUCCGUUGAGUUGGUUGUCCAAGGGGCGAAUAUACAAACCGAGUUGUUGGCCGUUAUGGAUAAAAUAGAACGGCUGAAACAGAUUAAGAAACAACUGGUGCUCUAAACACACAUUUACUUGAUAAGGCCUCGACGAUUUUUUUAUUAUUAACUUUACAUUUGAUUUCUAUUCAUCUUUGCAGUUAAACUUCAUUUUAAUUAAUUUUCCAAUGCCACAUUCAA